GUCAUUGUGACUGCACCAGUGAUGGUUAUCUCUUCAGGUUUUACGUCGUUUGUGCGUGUUUGCUCUCAAUAAACCUGUUUAUCAUGAUAGAGUUAUCAUGUGAAUUGAAGACUUCAACCGUCAAACACAGUGACGGACAACCUGCUCCAGUGAAGUCUGCAAUGUCAGUGUCAGUUGUGACAUACGAACAGCUCAAAGCUAUGCUGCCCAAUCACAGCGUGCAGCUUUAUGAUGUCAGGAGUCCAGAUGAAUUCCAGGCUGGCCGGAUUCCUGAUUCUGUCAACAUUCCUUUGGGACAGCUUGAGGAGUCACUGAAACUCCCACCACUACAGUUUCAACAGCAAUUUGGGGUGAAAGCCCCUAAAAAGGAAGACGAUGACAUAGUUUUCCAUUGCCGAAGCGGGAAAAGGAGUUUGACUGCUCUUGAAAUCGCUCAUCGUCUGGGAUUCUCUAAGGCACGGCAUUAUGCAGGCGGAUACAUUGAUUGGGAAAAGCAUGAGAAGAAGUAACAGGACUAACUGAGCCGCAUUUUAAAUGAACUUCAGAUCACUUUAACUGGAAUUGAAGAUAAAAUUAAAUAUUUGACAGGUGAAAUUGAAGAAAGUUGCUCAUUUUGCUGCUUACAAAGAUCGGAGUCAUUAUUAAUAUAUUUUACUGUCUCAUCAGUUAUUAUAUGAUAUGAAUCAUAUUUCAUUAAGAUGUGAUUAUUAAUCAAUUUGUGUAUUAGAAACAUUAUUGAUGUAGUUUGAUGACUCAUCACAAUUAUUGUUAUGAUAUAUUUUAAUAAGGCGAUUAUCAGAAAAUACAUGAAGCAGCUAUUUCAGAUAAAUACUUGAAAAAAUUGCUCCUUCACAGUGAAUUAUUAAAAUAUUUUUAAAAGGC